AUGAUGGAGAGGGAAAGAGUGGGUGAAAAGGGAGAUAUAGGCCGGUUGAUCCUGCGUGGACAUGAAGUUGAGCCUUUUACUCAGCGACCUUUUGCUGAGUUAGUGCAGGAAGCGGUGGCUAAAAGAGUGGCGCAUGUGGUGGGCCGGGUAGAAACAAAAGAAGGAGGGAGAAUGGCAGUGUAUGAUGCACGGCACUUGUGCAAGUUUAUGUUUGAACUAGUGAUAUCUAAGGAAGGACGGAAAGUGCGUGUGAAAAACUCAACGAACCCACUGGAUGACCGGCAGAUUAAAGGAGUGACUUUUUACCGGGUAGGUGAGGAUAUGGUUGGUGAGUCAAUUGGUACACAGAAAGAGUUCUUGGAGUCUAGUAAGUUUAGAUCGAAGAUCUUUAACCGAAAUGAUCCUUUUGACGCGCUGUCUAUUAACUUUGUCUUCAAAGAUGGCGUGUCAAGUAAGAUCAAAAAGAAGACAGUGAUUCCGGUGCUAGUAAGUGUUUUGGUGCUACUACUGAUUCUGAUGGCUUGUUCCGUGAAUGUACUGCGCAGUAGCCGUCUUAAAGGCCAUUUGGGCGAAUAA